CCUGAGGCUCUCAGCUCCUCAGGACGGGAAAAAUCCUAGCAGAGGAUUUUUCAUAAAAUAUCAUAGCUACACUCGGGGUCACCUCGACCAGAGGCGAUCCCGAGACAGCGCUGCUUCCCCAGCGCAGAGAAGCGUCGGGGACCGACGGAUGCGAAGCAGCAUCCCCGGCCUGACUGGCGUUCCUCCCUGCAGCAGGAGGGCACUGGCCGAGCACCAGCUGCUGCACGACAAGGGGAGGGCGGUGCAAGGGCUGAAGCGGCUGCUGUGGCUGCAGCACGCCCUGGGUGCCGUGCACACCGCCAGCAGCCGGGAAAUCCCGCUGCCCAGCGCCGGCUGGGACGUGCAGAAGAGCCGAGAUCCCUCCGAUUCCAACAGCAGCGAGGGAGGUGAGGCUUCCAGCCUGGUGAGGACUCCAGCUUCCAGCCAGCUGCUGGGACCGAUGGAAGCUCAGGGCCUGCUCCCACUAAAGCUGGAUGGGAGGAUCCCAGAGGGUAACUGGAACCCACAGCGCCUUUUCGAGCCCCUUUGACCACUCCCAGCAGUGUCAGCCCAGCGUCUGUGCCUCGCUUUACACGGGCACUGCUGGAGGGAA